UCCUUUAAUUAUGUAAUUUCUUGGAGCGCGAAGCGCGCUGAAGGGUCGAAAUGUGGUUACGAUGAAAUGUUUUAAUUAAAAAUGACAUUAACUCAAAAAGUGUAAACAUAAAGUAUUAAAAUAUGGAAUUUUCAGGUGAUCAUGAAGUAUUUUCCUCAGAAAUGUUUGAAGAUGAGGAUGAAUUGGCGAAAGAAUUUCUGAGUAACGAAAAUAAAAAUGAUUUGACAGAGGAAUAUGAGGCAGAAGGAGUUCCAGAACCACAGGAAUCUAAUAUUGAAGUUUUGAAAACUUAUUUUGGACAUACAAAUUUUCGACCAAUGCAGUGGAAGAUUAUUCGCUCUAUAAUUGAGGAUAAACGUGACAACUGCGUUAUAAUGGCGACUGGCUACGGCAAGUCGCUCUGCUACCAAUACCCCGCUGUGUACUGCCGGGGCCUCACUAUCGUAGUGUCCCCGCUCAUAUCCCUCAUGGAGGAUCAAGUGCUAUCUCUCCAGGUGGCGAACAUCAGCGCGUGCAUGCUGGGCUCGGCCCAGACCAGCAAGAAGAAGGUGGAGGAGGGCAUCUUCUCCGGGGAGCACCGCGUGGUGUACCUGACCCCGGAGCUGUGCGUGGGGGACUACGGCCAGCAGCUGCUGCUGGACCUGGCCCGCCGGCGGAGCAUCACGCUGGUGGCCAUCGACGAGGCCCACUGCGUCAGCCAGUGGGGGCACGACUUCCGCGGCUCCUACCGGAAACUGAGUAAAUUGCGGAAGUUGUUGCCAAACGUGCCAUUUCUGGCCGUGACUGCUACGGCGACCCCAGAGGUCAGGCGAGACAUUUGCACUUCUCUUCAGCUGAGGAAUCCACUGGUGACGUGCACCGGGUUUGAUCGCCCCAACCUGUACCUGGCCGUGAGCUCCAAGGGCGCGAGCAUAUUCGAGGACCUCCGCACGCAUAUGGUGCGAGAUGGGAACAGGCUCACGUUCGAGGGCCCCACAAUCGUCUACUGCCCCACCAAGAAGCUUACCGAGAAGGUCUGUGAAGUUCUCAAAGCUAACGGACUGAGUUGCGAGUUCUACAAUGCUGACGUGCCUCUCAAAGUGCGAAAGAAAACCCACGAGGACUUUGUAAAGGACAGGGUGCAGUGCAUCGUUGCGACCGUUGCAUUUGGCAUGGGAAUCGACAAACCAGAUGUGAGAUACGUCAUCCAUUACGGAGCUCCCAAGGACAUAGAGUCGUACUACCAGGAGGUGGGCCGUGCUGGCAGAGAUGGGAUGACCGCUCGUUGCCACUGCUAUUACAGCCCUGCGGAUUUCUCUAUCAACAGCUACUUCCUGAGCAACCUGACGGGCGAGGCGCGCACCCACCGGGAGAAGAUGAUGAGGCUGAUGGAGCAGUACCUGGAGACGGCGGAGUGCCGCAGGUCCCUGCUCCUGUCCCACUUCGAGGGCCGCGACCGGGCCGUGGACGCCGGCCGCCCAAUCACCCAGCUCUGCUGCGACAACUGCACCAAGAAGUUCCUCAUGAAAGGCAGAGUGGAGGGGAGCGACUUCCUGGAAGCCAACGGGACGUACAACUUCAGCGCUGAUGCGAAGCUGCUGCUGGGAGCCGUGGCUCACUUCAACGGCCGCAUGGGGAUUACCACGCCGAUCAUGUUCCUGCGAGGCUCCAAGAACAAGAAGAUAAGAGAAGAGGAGUACUCGCACCAGCUUUACGGCAAGGGGAAAGACAAGCCGGAAGCCUGGUGGAAGGGGAUUGGCAGAUUGCUGCUGCGAAAUGGCUACCUUCAGGAGGCAUCAGCCAGUUUCUACAGUGGCAGAGGUUUUAAAUCAUUUCCCUUAGUCACCAUCGGUAUAUCCCAGGAAGGCAAAGAUCUGCUAAGCAAGUUGCAGGUAUCAGAGAAGGCGUCGCUGUACCUGACGCCUACCCCAGACCUUCUGGAAGUCCUGAAGCAAAAACGGAAACCCCAAGUCCCUGCACCAUCUGCUGCUGUUCCAGCACACUUACCAAAUACUUGGAUUGGCCCUCACGAAGUAGUAAACAAAGUGGAAGAUGGUUCAGGUGAGAACAAAGUGGAAGAUGGUUCGGCUGAGAGUGAGGAGGCAAACGUAGAGGAAAAAACCCUCCAGAACGUGCUCUACAAAGAGUUGAUCGCUCUGAGAAACGUCAUAGCGAAUGAUAACUCUUGCAUGCCGUACAUGGUGGCAAGCAACAAAGCUCUGCUGGAGCUGUCGAAGAUGAGACCAUCGCGACGAGAAUACCUCAUGAAAGUGGACGGCUUCAUGCAGGCCAAGAUCAACAAGUUCGGAGCGGCUCUGAUCGCGAAGAUACGGGAGUUCUGUCAGGCGCAUGGCUUGCCUCUGGACAUGACGAGUGACGAGGCUGCGGACGAGAAGGUGGACCGCAGCUUGGACGGCAAGCUGGCCGAGCUGUCGGACACCGUCAGGAACUCCUACCUGUUGGUGCAGCAGAAGAAGAAAGACGUGGCUACCGUCGCACGGGAGAGGGGCCUGGCGACCGGCACGGUGGCCGGCCACUUGUGCUCGGCCUUGAAGGCCGGCCUGCCGCUCGACCUCCAGCUCUGCGGCGUCACCGGGGACGUCCAGGAGACGAUCUUCGCCGCCAUACGGGCGCCGCCGGUCAACUCGGAUGUGUCCACACUGACGAAAAUCAAAGAAAACUGUCCCGAACAUAUAACUUGGGAUCAAGUGAGGAUUGCCGCUACCAUCUUUGCCAACCCUACAGCGAAGAAUUACGUGCCUCCCCUGAAGUCCUGUGCUCCCGCAGAACUAGAGGUGAUCUCCAGUGAAAAGAAACUCCAGGACAACUUGAUCGAACCUGUUGCUUCGCCAGGUGAUGGUAGUGUCAUGUCAAAGCCUGAUGUGUCAGUAGACAGCGGGGUAGCUUGCAAAACUUCAUCGUUCAUCAAAACAAAAAAAAAUCUGCAGGCAUUUUCUUUUUCCACCAAGCACGAUUUAGAUAGUAGUAGUAGUGAACUGAAAGUAGAGUUUGAUCAGUCCCGUGAACAUUUUCUGUACGAGUGUGACGUUUCAUCUGCAACUCCUCCAUCUGUCACAGAUGUGCACAAAUGUUUAGGAACAGGGAGUAAACUUGAGGAAAGUGAAGAAGUCAAUGCACAUUCUCAGCAGACUCCCGAAGAACAUGGUGAUGUUAAAGAUCGGUUGCUGCCAUCUACAUCUGGACGUGCAAACUCUCAAAGGAGAGAAGAAUCACAGCCAUCAUCUUCCGAAAGUGCGAACUCUCGAACUGCAACAUUGGUUAGUGGGGGUUUCUCUUCAAACUUUGCAAGUAAGCGAAAACUUCCUGAUUGGCUGGGCUCCAAAACUAUUGACUCAAACUACAUGAAGCGAAAGAUGAAAAACAACUCCUUGUUCAAACUGUAAGCAUAAGUUUUCUCAGGGUUUUGAGAAAUAUAUAAUAAAAAAAACAUACUUGGAAGUAAUGUCAUUACUGUAACAAAGGUACAAAUGUGUAAUGAAUGUAUCAUUCAGACCAUAUUGCAGUUAAUUUAAUGAAAUGUUUGUUUUUUCCUGUUGUUGAAAGUAGCUGAUAUUGGCAGUUAUUUGUACAUUAAUUUUUAAAACAAAACUUUAAAAAAAAAAAGGUAGCUGUGAUGAAAUGCUUAAACAGAGUAGAUGUGGUUCAUUCCUACAUAAUUUUCUUACAUAGUUAAAUCUGUUAAGGACCUGAUAGUUUCUGUUGAUGUACACUUACACUUGUGUAUUUUUGAAAUAUAAAGUUUUUUGUAAGAUAAAAA